AACCAGGUUGUAAUUGCACAAUCGACAGACGAGACAAGAAUGGGCCGGCAAGCUGCCACCCCGAGCUGGGGGAGAGCUAUGGGCACCCGAGUUGGGCAUGUCAUUUGUUGUACCGAUGAAGGGGAGGAGAGAGAGCGGGACGAAUGGAAAGUCGCAGUGGAGAGGGGAGGCCGACGAUUAUCUCGUCUCAAAGACCAUGUCAAGUCGACUGGACCAGAAUGAGUCAUGA